AUGGUUGGCCCAACUGCAUCUCUCUCGAUCCUACAGCGCGCCGAUGGCUCUGCGACAUAUAAAUGCCCUGCUACGGGCUACAGCAUCUUGAGCGCUGUUAACGGACCAGUUGAGCUCCCAGGCCGUCGCGACGCAUUGAAGCCGGAGGACGCCACGGUGGAGGUCUUUGUCAAGCCUGGUACCACUACCGGUGGUGUAGGAGAACGAGCCAUCGAAACUACUCUGAAAUCUGUGCUGGGAGAUAUUGUGCUCGGGCGAGAGAAAGGAUUUCCUCGCCGCGGCGUGGUCCUGACCUUGAACAUUGUUGGAGGAGAGAAUGUGGAACGUGGUGAUUCUUACCUUACCCUCCUUCCAGCUCUCCUGCAUGCCGGCCUACUCGCCAUGAUUUCCGCCUCGAUUCCCCUAUCCAUGACCCUCUCCGCUGUGCUCCUCGGUGUAACCACCUCCGGCGAAAUCGUACAAAACCCCUCUCCAGCCGCCGCCAAGUCUGCUGUGUCCCUUCAUGUCCUGGCUAUCUCUUCCAAGGACCAUCUUCUGCUGAACGAAAGCCGGGGCCGAUUCGACUUCGAUACCUGGGAGCUCAUUCGAGCACGGGCGCUUUCCAUUUGCCAGGGCGCAGCUAACGAUGGUGAUGUUGCCAUGGGCGAAGGAACGAAUACUGCCAGCGUCAAUGGUUUCAUUCGCGAGACUGCCGAGGACCAGAUCUACAGCGCCUACGCCCACAAGUUAGACUCGAUCUGA